AUGUCCUCCGCCACCUCGCUAUACCGGCGCUCCCUGAAGCUGUCCCUCGACUGGGCCGUCCACCGGUCAGUGUGGCGCGGGCAGGCUGUCUAUAUUCGCUCUCUGUUUGAGGCCAACAAGGACGUCCGCGACCCUCGCCAGCAGCAGGUCCUUUUGCGCGAGACAGAGAAGUUGUUGGAUGAGUGGAAACACCCCGAUCCCUACCGGCCGCCCACCGCCCCUGGAGGUAACAAAUGGGAGAGAAACUUGCCGGCUCCAAUUUUGCCAUAUGCGGAAGCUCCAGGCGCCCACUAG